AUGGCGGAGAAAUGGCGAAAGUUCAAAGAAGAUAUGAAAAAAAAACGCUUGAGUGGGAAGAGCCAAAAAGGGAAAGAUGUUUCCAAACGUGAAAUAACUGUUCAAAUGUUAAGCGCGGACGUGUCGGGCAAGGCCCAAAAGUAUUCACGUAUCGGCCCAAGGGAAUUUGUCCAGUUAUAUGACGACGACGAUGAAGAUCUAGAUCGAUUUUAUACAAAAGAAGAGAUGACAAUUGAACAAGUGAAGGAUGCAUGCCUGAAACAUUUUGAACUGAAGGUUGGAAACAAUGUUGUAUGUGAUAUUCUUGCCGGUGAGCAAGGACCUUCCUGCGCAUCCUUGAAGCAAAUACCUAAUAUGAAUCUUAUAUAGGUCAGAUUCAUAAACAAAAGCUCGACAGCAGAUGCGCCUGUAUUCGUUGAUGAUACUGACCCAGUUCAUCCGCAAAGCACAACUGUGAAACGAAAGGGCCCUAACUCUGUUCCAAGUCCAAAAAAAGCUAAAAUCUCAACACCAAUGCCCAAGAGUCUUUCGGUAACCCAUAUGUUGAAACUAAGUAAACUUAUAAACAAGUCUACCACUACCAUCCACUUGUAUAGAUUUAAUUUGGCAGAUAUGAGCUGGUCGUCUUCACCAAGGGCAGUUGAAUUUAGUGUUUCAGAAGAUGUGCUCGGAGAAGCUGCAUUCCGAAAAGCUUAUAAAGCAGAAUCAAAAGAUGAGAGCUUUGCUGGUUCAUGGGUAGUCAAAGAAUAUAAUGAAAAUGCAUUGGAUGUCAUUGCUGAGACCAAUCAAACUCUCGAAACCCAUACAAAGAAGGUUGUACAAAUGCACAGCUUAGCCCAGAACUUUGCAAGCCAACUGAAGACAAGUGUUGAGCAAAAUGGCAUGCAAGAAUCUUUUGGUGAUUGUUUUCAUUAUGGGAGUGUCUACUUAGGAAAAAAAGGUGACGAAUUUGUCACAGUUGAAGAGUUUGUAGAUGGAGAGUUUAGUAAGUAUAUAAACAAUGAUGGCACAUUGUGCAAGAAUGUCAACGAAGUUAUAUUACAGAAAGCAGAGUGUCUUUCUCAUUUUUCUUUUGAAAAAUCCAACAAUCAGGUAAUGGUGUUAGAUAUCCAAGGAUGUGGCUACUCCCUUGUAGACCCAGAAGUUGCAUCAUCUUCCCUCUUUGAUGAAAAUAAAGAAUUACUUUUUACCACAGGGAAUUUGUCAUUUGAAGCAAUUGCAAAAUUUAAACUCAUUCAUAGAUGUAAUGAGUACUGUGAGCUUCUGAAGCUUAAAGUACUUGUAUAG